AUGUACUCAAAAAUAAUUAUCGACGAUUCGAAUAUGAGUCGCUUACAACAAUGUCUAUUAUGCGAGUCCGACAAAAUGAUCAAUUCUGGAACUGAAUAUUUUCCUGAAAUGCCCACGAAUCUCCACAGUAUCUGCCAAUCAUCAGUACUAUUUCAACGCGAUGUUUUGAGCCGACCAAAUAAUCUUGAACAGUUUGAAUGUCUUGUUGUGGAUAUAACAAACCGCAUCAGUCCGCGAGCUCAUGCUAUGUUACAAUCGAUGGGAACGAUUACAAACUCCAUCAUUAUUAUUAACAAUUCAUUCAAUACUUAUUAUAAUGAAUUAUCUGACAAGAAGACAUUUCUUUUUGCGAGUAGCCAGUUUGUCAAUUCACGCAGAUAUUUUUGGAAGCUAGUAGAAAAAACAUUUAUUUUGGAAGAUGACAAGACCAAAGUUGAUAAUCGACAACGAUUUGCUACUGGUGAACAUCUCAUGUUUCAGUUAGCUAACGAGUUGUAUCGGGUUUAUAAGCACGAAGCAGACGAAUGUUUAGCAUCUGGCGAUAUUGUGAUGGCAAAAAAGAAAGAAGAACUUGCCAAUACAAUCUAUGAAAAGCAACAGACGGCUUACACGUCCUUUUCCUCAGACAAAUGUAGUGUUACACCGUCCGUUGAUACCGUAGUAGUGGUGAUUUGGCUAAACUCAAAAGUACAUGAUGCUGAAGUGGAUAGAUUGCGAACUACUGUGUGUGAUGUGGUUUCAUUAUUUAAAAUCUUUAACAAUGAAGUGGAUUUUCUUAAUUAUCAAUGUGCAAAUAAACUGAAUGGCACGGUAUUCCUUAUUGUUAGUGGGGAUUACGAUAACUCAGUUGUUACUGAUUUUCUAAAUCAUCAAAAAGUUAAACAUGUUUAUCGUUAUGGACACGUUUCUGCUAAACGUCAAACAAAAGUGAUUAACAGCUAUAAUAAUCUUUGCUUUGAAUUACUAUCGGAUCUCGCUGCUCACUACUGCAGAUUGGGUCCGACUUGCAGCGCCGUAAAAGAUACAACAUCAGCUAAAGAUAUGUUCAAUAAAGCCGCCAGACUCCAGCGUAUUCUAAAAGAACUUUGA